UAAUAAUCUAUGCCACCGUGAUAUCUCCGUCGUAUCUUCGAAAACAGUAGGAAUUAUUAUAUUAAUUGAAAUUAAAAAAAGGGAUAAAUUCUAACCGCUCCGAGCGUAUUUCAAAGUCUUGAUACUAAUGCACAAUGACCCUUUCCUUCGGUUAGGACUUCAAUGGCGAAAACCGAGAAGAGAGGCAGAGAAAGAACCGUGUCAUCUUCCUACUUUCUAGGAUGUUUUGGACUCUCCCGGAAAAUAUACUCCGACAAGGCGAUGGUUGCGGCGGAGGAGGAUUUCGAGAUGAAGGUGAAGAAGAAAAAGAAGCUAAGUCGGUGGCUUUUAUGUUCGAAGUUUCGCUCAAAGAACAGAGAGAUCAAACCGGCGCCCAUCGAAGAAAUGGAGAAACCAACUCUGAGUGUAGAAGCUGAUAAGAAGAAACUCGUUUCGCCGAUAAGUCGUAUGACCACUGAUGAUAAGGCCGUGAAUCAGGACAAAAAAGAGACAAAACCGAAUGACUUACGAGACGUAACCACCGACCGAUCAAAUCCCAUUGAACUGUUGGCUUCCUCUAGGGAAGACACGUGUUCCGAAGGUGUAUCCAACAUGAAACCGUCGCAGGAGAAAACCGGGUCACGGGUCGGAAAGUUUGACCCGGUUAUUGGAAUUUCGGUCAUUAUAUUGACGCUGGUGAUCAUGUUAGUUUGGGGUCGACUCUUUGCGAUUCUCUGUACAUCCGCUUGGUGUUAUUCUAUACCUCGUCUCAGAAACGUGGCCGCGUUGGUAAAACGCAGCGCUAGCGACGGUUCUGCACGGUUUGAAUUCUGAGUCGUAUAAAAGAAAAGUCGUUUCGGACGUGUUUCUUGGACGGCAAAAUCGCGUUUCGUUGUUGUGACGAUCGAUCUAUUGUUUUUUCUCUAUAUAUUAUAAUUGUAUCAUCACUUUUUUUAAUGGAUAGACAUUAUCUCCAUUUUCGGUUGUGAAUGGAUAGAUCAAAUCAAUAAUAUAUUGUCUGUGGUUUUUAUAUAUAGAAGUCAAUAUUUAGCAGCC